AAACGAGGGACUGCCAGUACCAUCUAAGCGUAGUAUGAGUGAGCGUGGCAAGCCAUCUGUAGGCUAUGACACCAUAACAAGACACGUGCGGGACGAAAUCUCGCUUGUGGGGACGCCCUUAAUUAGGGCGAGAUCCUGUUGUUGAACGACUGGACCUGCCGCUCCAAAGCUGUCUAACAGUAUAGCUGAGACAACAACCAUCGUAGUCCAAGCGUAGGGUGGCACAUGAGUUCAAGUAAAAACCCGCUUUCCCUGAAUUCCAUGUGCCGGCAGAAGUCAUGGUGGGGGGAGAAAAGGCGGAUAUCGGCAGUGGGCUGAGUGAUUUGCAUGCUGAAAUGCGAUCUCCAGGAACACAGCGUGCCUGGCAAGAACUUGUUAUUGCGCAUAACGAUCGUCGAUGCUGUCGGUUAUUCUUGGGUAUUCAUCUCGCUUUCGCAAUGGUUGCCGCCCCCUUUGUGACGCGGCGGCAGAGCAACAGGUUUUUCAGGGAAACAUGGUGUUGCAAAGAAAUGUCAGGGUCGCUGCAGAUAGUUGGUCGUUGGAUGUGCACUUCCAAGGCCUGCUCAUGCGCAUCCGGCAGAAUGCCAUGCGACUCGCCAAAACCCAUCAACCCCAUCGGAGCGACUAGGCUCGGUUUCACCCGACACGCCGCCGGAAGGUCACCAGCUCCGAGCGGCCGAAGCACGAGCUGAAGCAUGACUGAUGGCUCUGCGUGUCCCAAUCGCCCGCUCUCGAUGCUGACAAGUCCCCGGCUUGUGGCUGGAGUGGACUGGUAAGGCCGCCUUGAAGAUCUU